AAGAAAAGAGAAACAUCUCCCGCUGCUUGUCUGUCACAGUGUAAAUGUACCAGAAUGUGACCGGCUAAAAUCGAAACUUAUCGAUUGUCUAGUCAAUUUCGAUAAAUUAUACAAUGCGGAUGGUUGUUACUGGUAGUUUUUUUUUUAAACGUCUGUUGUACACGGAAAUUGCCGGAAAAUAUGCGAAGCAGCAGCCGCGAAACCUUAAGGGCCGGAGCAAGAGCUCCCAGGAAUGGCUGACGCGCCAGCUGGCUGAUCCAUAUGUGGAGAAGGCCCGCAUGAUGAACUAUCGGUGUCGGAGUGCUUUCAAAUUGAUGGAGAUUGACGACAAAUACGGAAUCUUGCAGCCCGGGAACACAGUUUUAGACUGUGGUGCGGCACCUGGUAGUUGGACGCAAGUAGCCGUGGAGCGGACCAAUGCGAAUGGAAAGCAGGAGCGGGCGCCACAAGGUGCCGUCCUUAGUAUCGACCUGUUGCAUUUCCAUGCUGUGCCGGGAGCCACAAUCUUCGGCGGCAUGGAUUUUACCUCUGCUCUAUCACAAAAACGGCUUAAAGAGUGCCUAAAUGACCGAAAGGUCAACUGUGUGCUGUCUGAUAUGGCGCCCAACGCCACUGGUGUGAGGAUGUUGGACCAGGAAAGCAUAACGAAUCUCUGCUAUGAGGUUCUCCGCUUCGCGUUGGCCAUGUCCGCCCCACAGGCUCAUCUGGUGGUCAAGGUGUGGGACAAUGGCGAUGUGCCCAAGCUGGAACGCGAUAUGUUGCGGUUCUAUGAGAAAGUGAAGAGGGUAAAACCGCGCGCCAGUCGCGGAGAUUCGGCGGAGCAUUUCCUAGUGGCCAGGAACUUCAAGGGAAUGCCGGAGAGAAACUAAUUGAUAGUAAAUUUGUUAAUAAAAAAACAUUGUUUAGUUUUUAAUAAAGUGAAUUACUUCUUAGAUAAGAAAGAAAUGCUUUAAGUCUAAUUUUAGCUUUAAAUUUCAAUAGUCAGUAGUUUAAAUAAAGUUUAUUGUUAAAUCUA